AUGCCUCUGUCGAAGCGCGUCGACCGCCUUUACGGCGUGGGUGACGGCCGCACCGUCGUCCUCGCCGUCGACACGUGCAAGGGUUGUAUAUCCGCGUUUGAAGACCUCCUGUCUACAGGCUACAAGUCCACCUCGUUCCUUGGUACGCACGAGAACCCCGCCGCGCGGGGAGAGUUCCGCCUAUCCUCCGCGGACCGCCUGAUUGUCGUCUUUCACCGCGGGCAUCACCUUCCGUCUCCGCUGCUGCUCCGCCGCUCGCGGAGCGACGUCGCCGCGCAGCACCAGCAGCUGCUGACGACGCUUCCGCCGCCCACUUCCCCCCACCUCCCCCCGACGGCGCAGCCGUCCCCGCACCAAACCUCCCUGCAAAAAGGGGCGGCGGCGAUGUUCUCAUUCCUCGCCAGUCCCCGCGCGCGGUCGCGUUCAGAGGCGGGAGCCGGAGCAGCAGCAGGCACCGCAAUGGCGGACGGCAAUUCACCACCCCCUGAUGUCGAUCACCCUGCGGCGGCGCAAACUCAGCAGCUCUCCACUUCAACUGACAGCAAGGCUGACGUGGAAACCGUGGUUGUGGUCCCAUCAACGCCUGCUAAAGAAGCGACUGCGAAGCUCGCUCGAUUUCACGGGCGGACGAAAGCGGCAGCGCUGAAGAUGGCCGCCAUGGCUCGGUCUUACAGGGUGCGCUUCGAGGCUAUUGACUUGGAUGACCUCCAAGGAUCAGCUGCUCCUGAACUUGGCACCUGGGACCCACAUUCCCAACCGCCCCAUCAACAAGCUGCAAUCCGGCUAGCACAACCGCUUCCGCAUACCUGGGAAGGAACAGCUCAGGCGAUCCUUUCUUUCUGUAGUAGGAUGGGAGCGGAUCACUUGCUUCUGCCCGCCACGCAUUCCACCUGGGAGAAGCUGUUCCACUAUCGGGGGGUCAUUGUCGUCGUUUCCGUCCCCAUCUUCCUCAUUAUCUUCAUUAUUCUAUUUAUGCCUCACGGGGAGCCAAUCACGGACGACCGCGUCAUCCAUCACAGCGCAGCAGAUGAAGUCAACAAGGCGGUGGCGAAGAUGCAAUCUGGAGGAGAGAACAAGUAUGCCGUCAUUAUCGACGCCGGAAGCACUGGUAGCCGGAUCCACGUGUACCAGUUCAACCCCAAACUCGAACUGAUGGAGAUCGGCAAUGACUUGGAGUUGUUUGUUGCGCUCAAGCCAGGUCUGAGCUCGUUCCGCGAAAACGCCAAGGGAGCGGCGGACUCGCUCCGUCCGCUCAUCGACAAGGCGCUCACCGUAGUCCCCGAGGAAGUCCGCUCCACCACUCCCAUCCGCGUCGGAGCAACGGCUGGUCUGCGCCUUCUCCCUGGCGACCUCGCGGACAACAUUCUGGAAGCCGUUCGGGAGAUGCUCAAGGAGUACCCUUUCACCUUCGCUGCCGAUUCCGUUAAGAUCCUCGAUGGCGCCGACGAGGGCUCCUUCGCUUGGGUGACGGUGAAUUACCUCCUGGGGAAUCUCGGCAAGGACAUUAGCCACACGGUGGGGGUGGUGGAUCUGGGCGGCGGGUCCGUGCAGAUGACGUACGCGGUGCCUGAUGACGUGGCAGCGAAGGCGCCCGAAGGCUACGUUCGGAGGCUGAGCGGGAUGGGCAAGACGUACGGGGUUUACGUGCACAGCUACCUGGGCUUCGGUCUGAUGGCAGCGCGCGCACAGGUGCUCAAGGCGAAGCCAGCAGACAGCGAGGGGCAUGCGUGCUUGCCCAAGGGCACUGAUGACAAGUACGUGUACGGCACAGAGGAGGUCAAGGCACAGGCGCUGCCGACAGGAGGCAGUGCAGCGGAGUGUGCGCUGAUCGCAACAAAAGCGUUGGAACUCGGGGGGGCUGCUGCUGCUGAUGCCGCUCCUGUGUGCUCCUUCGAGGAGUGCACGUUCGGAGGGGUGUGGAGUGGUGGCCGGGGUCAGGGUGCCUCGAAGCUCUUCAUUGCUUCCUACUUCUUUGACCGCGCUGGCCAGCUUGGCGUUAUUCCCGACCCCAAGGCUUCAUCAGCUCCAGUCAAGGCAAAGGACUUUGCAGCGGCAGCUGAGGCUGCCUGUGCCACUCCUCUGGAGGAAGUCACAAAGAAGUUUCCUGCGGUGGAUGGCAAGGACGCGCCAUACAUGUGCUUGGACGUGGUGUACCAGCACAAACUGCUCACCCACGGCUUCAGGAUUGAUGAUGGAGCAGAGCUUACGUUGGUGAAGCAGGUCACCUACAAGGGUAAGGAUGUCGAGGCAGCUUGGCCGCUUGGUGCUGCCAUUGAUGCUAUUUCGUCUUAG